UAUUGACAAUGUUUAAGUCGGUAUUCUUGCGUAAACCGGAUUUGCAUCUGUCGACAUUCACCUACGUCGCUCAAAACCUGCAACAAUACACUCAGUGAUUUGGAGAUCAGGCCUGUUAGGUGAUUUUGUAUUCUUGGCCUCAUUCACGUGGUUCUUCACUGCUCCAGAUUACAGUUCCUAAUCCCGAACACUCGCCAAAAUGCGUGUUUUUACUCACACUCCUCCAUUAGGACAACAGAAUGCAAUGAGAACAUAUGUUGUAGCCCAGAUCAACAAAAAGAAUUGGAUUGCUAAUUAUGAGCUACUUGAUCCCUGAAGGAUUUCAGAGGAUUUUUAAGGGGAUCUUGUGUUUGUAAGAAGAAAUUUGGAUCUUUUGACUACCUAAAACCUGGGAUAUUAUCUGCAUCUGCUCAACCUGAACAAGUUUUUGAUCUUUUUUGGACUUUCUCAGAGAUCUGAAGCUCAGAAACGCAACAAAUACAAUCGAGAAUCAAAGAAUAAAUCUACUCACUUCAAAUCUACUCAACAUUUGGUUCAUGAGCCACAGCAGCACCUGGUAAACCUAAACCAGUUUUUGGACUUUCCUUAACAUCUGAAGCUCAGAAACGCAACCAAAAAGAACAAGUCCACUUACUUCAGAUAAACUCUUGGUUUGUAUAAGCCAUAGCAAGAUGUCUGACACAUUUGAUGUCCCACGCAUGCGCUCUGACAGUAUGUCCACCAUGACGUCUCAGUCUACUUCAGCACGGUUCAUACUUCGUCAGAGACUCGCUCAGUUGCUGACCUGUUUGGAGGAUCUCAGCUCAGACGAUGAGGCCAAUGAGGAAGUGUCCCGAACGCUGGAUGAAGCCUUUAACCUCUGUGGAAGAUACAGCAACAGAGAGUCCUUCAGAUUGCACAUGGUCACAUGGAAUGUUGGCACAGCAGAGCCACCAGCUGAUGUGAGGUCAUUACUGCAGCUCGACUCACAGCCGACCACUGACCUCUAUGUGAUUGGUCUACAGGAAGUGAAUGCUACUCCAGUUCGAUACAUCUCUGAUCUCAUUGUUGAGGACACAUGGAGUCACCUCCUCAUGGAAACUCUGGCCCCGGAGGGAUACAUCAAGGUGACUUCUGUGAGGAUGCAGGGUUUAUUGCUGAUAUUGUUUGCCAAGCAGGUCCACCUGCCUUUCAUCAGAGACAUCCAAAGUACAUACACACGUACAGGCCUGUUUGGAUACUGGGGAAAUAAAGGGGGAAUUUCAGUGCGAUUCUCCUUUUAUGGUGAAAUGCUGUGUUUUCUAAACUGUCAUCUGGCGGCUCAUAUGAAUUAUGCACUGCAACGGAUGGAUGAGUUUGAAUACAUACUGGACACGCAGGAAUUUGACAUGUUCAACACACCACAAGUACUUGACCACAAGGUGGUCUUCUGGUUUGGGGAUCUGAACUUUCGUAUCGCAGACCAUGGGAUGCACUUUCUCCGUUCUUCAAUCAACAACAGCCGCUUUAACCUGCUUUGGGACAGAGAUCAGUUGUCCAUGUUGAAGAAGAAAGAACCUAUUCUUCAAGAGUUUGAAGAGGGACCACUGCGCUUUAAACCCACAUAUAAGUUUGACCGUUUCUCUGAGACAUACGAUACAAGAGCACCCAGGACAUGGUUUGGCCUUACCGGCAAAAAGCGAAAGCCAGCCUGGACUGAUCGUAUCUUGUGGAGAAUAAAACCCAAAGCCACAGAGAUUGAGGAUGAGAAGAGUUCGACCGCAUCCUCAGCUGACGAUGAUGAGUUUUCUGUGAAGGUGACGCAGGACAUGUACACCUGCGAUGUCUCAUAUGGGGUCAGUGACCACAAACCCGUCAUUGGGACCUUCAAUCUGGAGAUGAGGAAAAAGGUGGAGACGCCUCUAGUCGCACUAACCGUAGAGGGAAUCUGGAGCGCAGAUGAAGAUGCCAUAUUCACUUACACCAUUCUGGAAAACUUUGAGUCCUCAACCUUUGACUGGAUUGGACUAUACAAGAUUGGCUUCAAAAGUGCCUCCGAUUACUCCACCUUCGCCUGGGUCAAAGAUGAUGAAGUGGCUGCCAAUGGCGAAGUUGUGAUGGUCCAGAUGAAUAAAAAUGAGCUCCCUCUGCUGGCAGGGGAUUAUGUGCUAGGAUAUUUUAGCACCAACAUGCAAACCCUCAUCGCCUUUAGUCCAAAUUUCCAGAUUCUAGAGUCGAAGCGAGCUGUAAUGGAGGGUCUGGUUCAAGAGAACAUCAACGGACUUGAGAAAUAACUGGAAUGUCUUUAAAUCUUUGUUUUAUGAAUUCACAAAUGGGGCAGAAUCUGAUCUGGAAUCAGCUUUUCCUCUGUGUAAAUGGACUCUGCUUUGUUUGGUUUUAAAAGGUACAACUAAUUCUGAAGCAAAUUUGUUAAAGUUAAAUCUGAUUUAACGAUGGUUUAAAAUCAAAGGCUUUAAUUUAUUUCCACUGAAAAUGCUGCUCUUUCCUCCCCCACUUUAUCCUUGGCUCUUUUGACAUAGUUUUUAAAUACAGUACGUUUUAAAGCUCUUGUAAACAAAGACACAUUGUAUAGACCGGGCUGUUUAAAUAGAGUUUGUAGCACAUUUUAUGCUAAACAAUUGACUAAAAAGACUGUAGAAUUUAUAAAAACUCAGAAUUGCAAAUAUAUUUUAUGCAAAAGUUAGCACAUAAAGAUUCUAAAAAUUACAUUUAGGCCUGUGCAUUUAUUAACAUUAUGGUAUUGUACUGU